AUGGAGACUAGACAAGAAGACACUGGAACUACUCUAGUUACUAAUGACCUCAAGCUGAGGUUUGAAGAUUUCAAACCUGACCACUUGAGAUAUAUCGGAGUUGCAGAGGUGGUCGAGGCCAACCGGUCAAAUUCAAUGGACGACAUGGACAAAGAGGGGCUCGGCGAUGCGUACACAAAAGAUGGGUCGCUCAAUUGUCAUGGCAAACCAGCCAUGAAAGGGAAGACUGGUGGAUGGAGAUGUGGAACGUUGUUACUAGUGAACCAAGGAUUAGCCAACCUUGCGUUCGCCGGAGUGGAAGUGAAUAUGGUUCUCUUCUCAAAAUCUGUACUGAGGCAGACUAAUGCAGAGGCAGCGAACACAUUCAGUAGAUGGAUGGGAACCCUUUAUCUCUCCUCUUUGAUGGGUGCUUUUCUUAGUGAUUCCUAUUUGGGAAGAUACUUGACUUGUGUCACAUUUCAACUUGUCUCAGUUACUGGAUUGUUAGCACUGUCCUUAUUAACCCACUCAUUUCUACUCGAGCCUCAUGGCUGUGGCCACAUUGGUAGCCUAUGUGAUCCUCAUUCACCAGCUCAAGUUGCUAUGUUCUACAUAUCUAUUUAUUUAAUCGCAAUAGGAAAUGGAGCCCCUGAACCUGCUCUAGCUGUAUUUGGUGCAGACCAGUUUGAUGAGGAGGAUCACAGAGAAAAGAAAUCAAAAUCUUCAUUUUACAGUUACUUUUAUGUGGCACUCAACCUUGGAUGCUUGUUUUCCGAGACGGUUCUGGUUUAUUUGGAGACAAUGGGGUAUUGGGUUUUGGGAUUUUGGAUAUGUGCUGGUUGUGGUAUAUUUGGAUUUACGUUGCUGGUUAGUGGGACUUUGAGGUAUAGGCACUUCAAGCCUUCUGGUAAUCCCUUCUCCAGGUUCUCUCAAGUCAUUGUAGCUUCCUUGAGGAAAAUAAGUCUUCAAGUACCCUUCAAUGGAGAAGGACUUUAUGAAGUUCAUGAAAGGGAAACUGAAACUAAUGGCCUAAGAAUCUCCCACGCCAAUGACUUCAAAUUUCUUGAUCGAGCUGCUAUUAUGACCCAAACAGACAUGAUCUUGAAAACAACAAACGCAGGCCAAACUCCAAAUCCAUGGCGUCUUUGCACCGUAACUCAAGUUGAAGAAGUGAAAUCCGUGCUGAGGUUAUUACCUGUAUGGUUUUGUACCAUCAUGUCCUCCAUGGCAUUCAUACAAAUGAUUUCUCUUUUUGUCGAACAAGGAGCUGCCAUGAAAACAAUAAUCUCAAAUUUCCAUAUCCCUCCCGCCAGCAUGACAGCAUUUGACAUUGUAAGCAGCUCUGCGUUCAUUCUAUUAUAUGACAAAAUCAUUGUUCCUUUAUACAUCAAAGUAACAAAAAGAGAACCAAAAACUUUAUCUGAGCUACAAAGAAUCGGAAUUGGGUUGGCCAUUGCAGUAUUAGCUAUGAUUACGGCAGGCGUUGUUGAACAAAAUAGGCUAAAUAAUGCAAGUGAGAGUGGUGAAGAGACAAGCUCUCUAAGUAUUUUCUGGCAGGUUCCACAAUAUGUGCUUGUGGGAGUGUCGGAAGCAUUCCUUUAUGUUGCACAAAUGGAAUUUUUUGCAUCACAAACGCCAGAUGGAUUAAAAAGCUUGGGGAUUGCUUUGUCCAUGUCAUCAACAGCAAUCGGUAGUUAUGUGUGUAGCAUGAUUUUGACAGUGGUGAUGGCGAUAACAACCAAGAAUGGGAAGCCGGGUUGGCUUCCUCCCAAUUUGAAUGAUGGACAUUUGGACAGAUAUUUCUUUCUAUCAGCCACUUUGACUGCCCUGAAUUUAGGUCUUUUUAUUGUGUGUGCAAAGCGAUACAAGUGCAUAUCACUAGAAAAACGAGAUGAUGAGGGAAGUUAA